AUGAAAGAUAAUCUUAAUCGUACAUCUUUUCAUUAUGCUUGUAUGAUGAAUGAUCAAAUAUCUAUGGAAAUUUUAGAACAAGUACAUGCUAAACAAUUAAAUGAUUGUUUGAAUUUUUCUCCGAAUGAUUAUCUUCUUAAUAAUGAAUUACAUUUUGAAAGAUUUUCAUCUCGAAAUUUUCCUGAACAUGAAUUACAACGAAAAUCAAUUGCGAUUAGUAACUAUUUAAAAAUAGCUUUUUAUUCAAAAUUUAAACAAGCGAUUGAAAAGAAUUCUAUUGAUGAGAUUAAAUUACUUAAUAAUGAAUUGAUUCAAAUGGGUUUUCAUCUGAAAGAUUUCGAUCCAAAUUCAUCUUUAAAUGAUUAUAUUCAAGGUGAACGUUAUAUUCCAUUUUUAUUUCUUGCAUUUGAAUAUCGAGCAAUUCCAGCAAUAAAAUGUUUACUUCAAUUAGGUUUGCCUAUUAUUGGUCAAAUAGCUAUAUCAAUAUCAAAAAUGAAUAAUAAAUCUCUUUGGAUGCCAUUUUGUCGACGAUUAGGUGAUCUUCAAUGUUUGGAUAUUGUUGAUAUAAUAGCUGGUUUAGAAGAUGAUGUUGAAUUAAAAGAUGCUUUUAAACAAAAACCUAUACCAAUAGAAAUAAUCAUCCAUGAAAAUUCUAUCAAAACUGAACAACAAAAGCAGCAGCAACAACAACAACAACAGCAACUACGUCAUUCAAAUUGGGAAAAAUUAUCUAAAGCAGAAAAACUAAUCAAGUUUUUUAAAGGACAUCAACAAAAUCAGGAUAUAAAAUCAAAAACUGAUGCAAUACGUUACUAA